AUGGAUGAGCCAGAAGCGGCAGGAGAAGUUAGAAGUGUCGCUCGGGCACUGAUAUUCACACCGGGAACUUCUUCAGCAGAAGCGCCCAGUGUUCCAGGAGAAUUGCAUGGUCUCGGAUCCUUGGACCCCAUAGUCCCGGAAGAAGUGACUCCGGUAUCGGAGAUGGAUUCUAUGCGAGCUGAGAUCGCAGCCUUCAGGGAACAAUCCCGGAUGGAUCGGGAACAAAGGAGUACCGAUAGGGAAACGAACCGCCUUGCACAACAGAGAAUGCAGGAUUUGGAAGAUGAAAACACAGCGCUGGCCCGAGCACUGGACAGGAGGCACCAGCACAACGAGGCACUCACCCAGGCCCUGGCUAGAGCAUCCUCGCUAGCAACAGGUAUGAACACUGCACCGACAACAGGAGGCCCUAGCACCGCUCCAGCACCUUCUGCGGAGGGCGGCCAUCGGAUAAUCCAAGUACCGGUAGACUUAUUCCCGGAAAGCUUGAGGCAUCUACCACCACCACCGUUACCGCAGCCAGUUCACAAUAUCCCACCGGUAACCGACGCAAACACGGCUUUACUCGUACAAAUGAGCAACUCCUUACAUGCCCUGCAGGCAAGGGUACAGGCCACAGAAAAUAAAGACACCUGGAGAGCUAUGAACAGUUACGAGGACCGCCCGGGGCCUUUCACCCAACAGGUUAGAGGAGCCAUUCGAGCGAAUACAUCAAAACCAUUGAAGAUUGACUAUACGGGAGUUGGAGACCCCUAUCAGCAUCUCCAGGCUUUCCGAUCACAAACAAGCGCCAAGGGAUAUACGGAUGAAGCGGCUACCGCUAAGUGCCGGGACCUUAAUAAGGAACUGGCUGAGCUGGCUUUCAGGAGGGGCUUAAGGCGCGGAGAAUUUCUCUACGGGAUCAACCAUAAUCCUCCAGCUAGCUACGACGAGCUGAUGGCCACUGCCAUCAGACACGCCCAGGCCGAAUUCGAGACUUACGGGGACAACCCCAGACCGGAGCUAAGAUUCUCCUCACAGACCUCGACUGUUAGGGAUGAAACACGAAAGAGGGAGUGGGUCUAUAGCCAUGAUAGGUCACCCCAUACCUCGAACGAAAGAGGCAAAGAGUCCUCGUCCAGGUCAAACAGUUAUGGGACCACCCACCCUCACCGGGAGCCGAGGGCACAACAGGCCCCACGGACACUACCACCACCCCGGUAUAAGGUGUUCACAAUCCUCAACGCUUCAUACGAGACUAUUUGGAACGAAAACAAGGAUGAGAUACCGAGACCACCCCCAAGGAAAUUCCCGAAGAGUAAACUUACCCAGCAGGAUACCGGAAGGUUCUGCAUUUAUCAUGAAGAUGCCGGACAUAAUACCAAUCUCUGCGUUGCUUUAAAAAAUACAAUCGAGUCCCUCAUCCAAAGGGGCAAGCUUCAACGAUACCUACCUGCUAAGGAGAUAGGAGCUGUAGACGUGUACGGCCAGAUCUUCACGAUCCACGGUGGGGGCCCGAAAGAGUUGCCCCCCCAUAGGAGGAAACGAAAUUCUAGUUUCGGUCGUCCGGAAGUUUUCAACUUCCACAAGGCUCCGCAGCAAGACGGUGGCACCGGAUGGACAUCGGUGACAUUCCUGCAGGAGGAGGAGGCCGACCUAAGGAUGCCCCAUGAUGAUCCCUUCCUAAUCACGCUCCAAAUGGACCAUUAUAUAAUGUCCCGGGUGCUCGUGGACACCGGGGCCUCAGUUAGCGUAUUAUUUCGCGAUGCUUACAACGCUUUGAACAGGGGAAGGUCCAAGCUGUCACAGGAUAACGAGCCCCUAAUUAGUUUUUCAGGAGAUAUCGUCCAACCACUCGAAUCAGAUUACCUAUCGAUCACGAUAGGCGAAAGCCCGAAUUGUUCAACCAUCAAAACAGAGUUCAUUGUCGUGGACUGCGUCUCAUCCUACAAUGCUAUCCUGGGCCGGGCGGCACUCUGGCGUCUGAAAACCUUUAUAGCAGGUCACAUGUUGAUGAUGAAAGUACCAACCCCGGCCGGCACUGCUACGAUCCGGGGUGAUCAGGCAGCCGCGAGGAAGUGCUAUUCUCUAACUGUAUCACGCGGUAAGGGAAAGUCCGAAAUGUUGCACGUAGCUACUAACCCUCUGUUGGACAGGUACGAGGAUCCCAGGGCAGAUACCGACUCCGAAGAAGAACGGCCCGGUGCCGUAGAAGACAUUGAAGAAGUGGUCCUAUCAGAGCAGUUCCCGGACAGGACUGUUAGGAUUGGUACAAGGUUGUCUCCAGUUGUCAGGGAAGGAUUGAUCUCGUUUCUUCGAUCCAACACAUCUGCAUUCGCCUGGUCCUAUGAGGACAUGCCCGGUAUACCGCCAGAGAUAGCCACGCACAAUCUUAGUAUCGUUCCGUACUCAACACCGGUAAGACAAAAACGAAGGGCCUUCACACACGAGAAAUACCAGGCUAUCCAGGUUGAGGUAAAAAAGCUGAUCGCCAUCAACUUUAUCAGGGAAGUAACAUACCCCCGGUGGUUAGCCAACUUGGUAAUGGUACCAAAGAAAUCCCCGGGAUCAUGGCGCAUGUGUGUGGACUACACAAGGCUCAAUCAGGCAUGCCCUAAGGAUAGCUUCCAGCUCCCGCGAAUUGAUCAAUUAAUCGACUCCACUGCUGGGUACCGGUUACUCAGUUUCAUGGAUGCGUUCAGUGGGUACAACCAAAUUCGAAUGAACCCGGCAGACGAGGAGCACACUGCCUUUACCACAGACAAAGGUCUCUAUUGCUACCAGGUCAUGCCUUUCGAGUUAAAGAAUGCAGGUGCCACUUAUCAGCGACUUGUCAACUCCAUGUUUGCGGAGGUUAUCGGUGCUAUCAUGGAGGUCUACGUGGACGACAUGCUGGUGAAGAGUCUAACUCCAGAGGAUCAUGUAGCCAACUUGUCAAUCGUCUUCACCAUCAUAUUGCGCAAUGGGAUGCGGCUUAACCCACAGAAGUGCAUCUUCGGGGUCGAGGUAGGAAAGUUUCUCGGGUACAUCACUAGCCACAGGGGAAUUGAGGCCAAUCCAGAGAAGGUGCAGGCUAUAUUAGACAUGGUGUCCCCAACCUACAGGAACGAGCACGUCGAAAUGAUAGCCUGGACAGCGGAGCACGAGGCUGCUUUCCUUGGUUUGAAGUCAUACUUGUCAGAGGUACCUCUACUCUACAAACCUGUUCCCGGAGAGAUGCUUUACGUAUAUCUGGCGGCAUCGUCAACGGCUGUGAGCUCAGUCCUGAUUAGGAAGGACUCCGAUUGUGAAUACCCAGUGUACUACGCUGGAAAAGGUUACACCGGGGCAGAAUCCAGGUACCCGGACAUUGAAAGAGUGGCACUGGCUCUCCUGGUAUUAGCCCGAAAGCUGAGACAUUACUUCCAGGCACACUCGAUCACCGUUUUCACUAAUCACCCAUUGAGGCAGGUUUUACAGAAACCAGAAGUAUCGGGCAGGUUAAUUAAAUGGGCCAUCGAAUUGGGGGAGUUCGAUAUCAAGUACCAGCCCUGGACAGCCAUCAAAGGCCAGGCAGCGGCAGAUUUUAUUUCAGAAUCAAUCCCCUCCCAUAACCCAAACCGGGAAUCAUCGGAACCACUAGCUGCAGAUCCACCUCCGCCAAGCACUUGGCGAUUAUACGUUGAUGGAGCAUCCAACAAGAAAACCAGCGGAGCCGGCAUCCUGCUAAUUAGCCCGGACGAGCAAGUCUACGAGUACGCCCUCAAGUUUGCCUUCAAAGCAUCCAACAAUGCCGCCGAGUACGAGGCACUUAUAGCAGGUCUGCAGAUCGCCCGAGAACUAGGGGUGCAGCACCUUAGUAUCUUCAGUGAUUCUCAGUUAGUCGUAAACCAAGUCAGCGGUAACUUUGAGGCAAAGGAGCCCCACAUGUCCUCCUACCAGGCCUUGGCCCUGGCAUUAGUUCAGAGGUUUACCUCCUACAUUUUUACCCAAAUACCGAGGGCAGAAAACGACAAGGCAGACGCCCUUGCAAAGCUCGCAUCAACUUCUCCAAACCGUACCUAUGGGGCCACCAAGGUCGAAAUACUAGCAGGACCUAGCACUUCUAAGACGGUGUCAGAAAUAUUUGCCGUGGAUCACACAGCUUCAUGGAUGGACCCAAUUUUGAGAUACAUGAUCGACGGCCUAGCACCGGAUGAUAAGGUCGAGGCCAGAAGACUACAGCUAAGGUCAGCUCGAUACACGAUCAUGAAUGGAAAACUGUACAGAAGGGGGCAUUGCUUUCCCAACCUGAAGUGUGUAACGCCGGAGGAAGGUCACAAAAUAAUGAAGGACAUUCACGCUGGUGUAUGUGGUAACCAUGCCGGAGCCCGAUCUCUUGGGCACAAGACCCUAAGGGCAGGAUAUUUCUGGCCAACCAUGUCGGCUCUGGCCCAAACAAUAUCCAGUUCUUGCCACAAAUGCCAAAUGUAUGCAAAUAUCCCAAGGGCACCGCCCAUCGCCCUUUCCAUCCUCCUGGCACCAUGGCCGUUCUGUCAGUGGGGUUUGGACCUGAUUGGUAAACUUCCCACAGCAGUAGGACAGUUCAAAUACACCAUUGUUGCCGUGGACUACCAAACAAAGUGGGUUGAGGCAGAACCUCUCGUCGCCAUCACCACGGAAAAGGUCAAAAGCUUCCUAUGGAAGAACAUUUACUACAGGUUUGGAGUCCCGGAUACCAUAGUCACAGACAAUGGUACCCAGUUUGACAAUGAUGAGUUGAGGGCUUACACACAGAACCUAGGCACUAGGAUCCUCUAUGCUUCCUCGGCUCACCCCCAGACCAACGAAGCAGUACUCCCUAUUGAAACACAAAUCCAGAGUCCCCGGAUCGAAUACUUCGAUGCGGGUACCAACUCACAGGGCCUACACCUCGAUGCCGAUUUACUCGAGGAACGAAGAGAUGUGGCGCACAUGCAUAACUUGGCAAACAAGCGGAGGAUAGCUCGUUACUACGAUGCUAAGGUACAGUCCCGGACAUUAAAAUUGGGGGACUGGGUCAUGAAGCAAGUCUACCCAGAGCCCCGGGGACUGGAUCCAUCCUGGACAGGCCCUUACGAGAUCAUUGAAGAGGUAGGUCCCGCAACCUUUUUCAUCCGGGACAUGAACGGGGUCGUUUCCAGGCAUCCAUGGAAUACCCAGCGCCUACGGUAUUACUAUAAGUAG